AUGGGUUCAAUUUUCAAGAAUUUCCUAGGUCUCUCUGAGGCCAAGGAUGCAGGCAGCUGCCCCAUUUCCCCGUCGAAGAAACCUGUCAGGGCUCUUCCUGCUUCAUGGUACCUUUCCGAAGAGCUCUACCAGCUUGAGCGUCGAGCCCUCUUCUCUAAGAAAUGGCUCCUCACAACACAUUCAAUGCGCAUUCCUAAUUCUGGCAACUGGUCUCGUUACAGUAUCGCCGGAUACCCGUUCAUCCUUGCUCGCGGCUAUGACAACAAGAUCAAGGCAUUCCACGACAUCUGGAAAGAACGCUUUAACGACGAGCUUGCAGAGACCCUCUUGACCAACGAUAAGUACGGCCUCGACACCAUCCACGUCCACACCGAUUUGAACAACUUCAUCUGGAUUAACCUCGAUGCUGGCGAACAACCCGAGAUUUCCUGGGACCGUGAUUUCAAAGAUAUCGACCUCCAGCCCCGCUUCAAGCACUUCAACUUCAAAGAUUACGUCUACGACCACAGCUGGAAAAUGGACGGACAAUAUAACUGGAAACUCCUUGCCGACAACUACAACGAGUGCUACCACUGCUUGACAGCGCACCCCGACGUGCCUGCCAUCGCAGAUCUCAGCACCUACGACGUGGACACCAAGGACGGCAGCAUUAUCCAUUUUGCGAACGCCAAACAGGAGACCAUUGAUGCUGGACUCGAAAUUGCCAGCACCUAUUACUUCCCCAAUGCAUCGAUGACCAUCACACCCCACUUCUUUUUCAUGCAGCGCUUCGUCCCGACGUCGCCCACUCACUGCGAUAUGCUCUACGAGAUCUACCGUAACAAGGGCUCUGAUGAGAAGGAUUUCCAGCACAUCAAUGAGAUGUACAAACGCAUCAUGUCGGAAGACAAGUUCCUCUGCGAGGGAACGCAAAGAAGCCUGAAGACUGGUGUCUUUGUUAAUGGUCUCCUGCAUCCUCAUAUGGAGAAGGGGCCUCUUUAUUUCCAGUCUGUUGUGCGCGAUAAAUUGAUGGAGCAUUUCGAGCGCGAGCAAGAGGCCGGAGGUCAGAUCUGGCCUGCUCAGGUCGAUGAGAGGAAAGCUCAGAUGGAGGCUAUGAUCAGGAAGGAUACCAAGACAGAUUAUCAUGCGUCGCUUGGGUAUGAGGAUGUUAAGUCUUCUAUGGUGAUGAAUACUCAGGUUACUGAGACCGUUGUGUUUUAA